AUGUCCACUAUCCAGGACCUCCGCUCUUUCAACUCCUUUGCUGAUGCAAGUAAGGGUGAUGACCUGCUUCCUGCUGGCACUGAGGAUUAUAUCCAUACAAGAAUUCAACAGAGAAACGGCAGGAAGGCCCUUACUACUGUCCAAGGGAUCGCUGAUGAUUACACCAAAAAGAAACCAGUGAAGGCGUUUAAGAAGAAGUUUGCCUGGAAUGGUACCAUAAUUGAGCAUCCAGAAUAUGGAGAAGUAAUUCAGCUACAGGGUGACCAGCACAAGAACACAUAUUAUGCCAGUUCCUCGUAG